AAAACAUUUAACAGCCAUGGAAGAUCAUUGCGACUCUCAGAUAAAAAUGGAUUUAAAAGUUAGUCUCAAGGACAGCAUAAUAAAAGAAGCUCUGAAUUCGGGUGUAGAUUUGAGACAGUAUUCACAACAAGUAGAACAACAAUUACAAGAGGUUGAACUAGUGUCUGUGCAAGAUUAUGUCAAUCAGGGAACAUCAUUAGCACAGCUUCAUUCACAGUUCACCCAAUGUGAUGUCGCUCUUGAAAGAAUGGAAGUGCUUCUAAGUACCUUCAGAUCUCAACUAGGUGGUUUAAGCAGUGAUAUUUUACAACUCCAGCACCAAUCAGCUCAGUUGGGAUUACGUUUGUCUAAUCGACAGGCAGCUAGAUCCUUGGCAGGACAAAUAAUUGAUGAUUUGGUAAUUCCUGAAGCCCUGAUAAGACAUCUACUUGAAACUCCAGUGACAGAGCCUUCGUUCUCUGAACAGUUGAUAAUACUUCAAGCAAAGUUGGCUUUGAGUGGUGAUCACCAUCAGAGGUGCAGUAGAGCUGCUCAAGAUGUGGUUCCUGUCCUAGGUGCAUUAAGGAUUAAGGUGGUUGAAAGACUUAGGCAGUUUCUGCUUUUGAAACUACAACAACUUAGAAGGCCACUUGCUAAUUAUCAACUACCACAGAAUUCUCUUCUAAAACACAAGAAUUUUUACCACUUUCUCAUAACCCAAGAGCCUGAAAUAGCUUAUGAAGUGAGGCAAGACUAUGUGCAGACAAUGUCAAAGCUAUAUUUCUCUUAUUUUAAGAGCUACUCCACGCGAUUACUGAAACUUGUGGAUUCAAAUAGUGUUAAUAAAGAUGAUGUUCUUGCUUCCGAAGAUGCAUCGUUAGGUGCGGCUGCUGCUGCCGCCGCAAGGUCCUUGUUUGGAAGAGCCGCUCCUAGUGGGCGUAGUUCUAGCAGUAAAUCUACGGUUUUUACCUUAGGAACUCGAAUUGAAGUUGUUACAAACUUAGAAGCCCCUGUUCUAGUUCCUCACGCAGCUGCCACUGGUACCAGCGCUGGCCAUAAAGGUGAAACGAAAUAUUCGUAUGAAAUCGUUUUCCGAUCUCAACACUACGCAUUGGCCGAUAAUGCUUGCCGCGAGUAUUUGUUCCUCUGUGAAUUUUUCCACGUUGAAAGAGCCCCUGCCAUGGAGCUAUUUCAAGAAGUAAUGGGGAAGACCUGCACUAUUUAUAUGAAAUUUGUGGAAGAAUAUGUUUCGUCUUGUUAUGACUCACUUGCCCUUUUUCUUUGCAUCCAAAUGGUCCAACGUUUGCAAUAUCUUUGCCACAAGAGAGCCGUUCCAGCUUUAGAUUUUUAUUACGAAUCUCUCGUCUCCACGUUAUGGCCUAGAUUUGAAUAUUUGGUACAAGCAAACAUUCAGAGUGUCCGUGACUGCGAUCCAUCUAGACUUUAUUCAAACAUUGAUACGCGACCACACUAUGUAGUGCGACGAUACGCCGAGUAUACUUCAGCCAUUUCUGCGAUUCACGAGCAUAACAGUAUAACUUCAGCCAUGGACUGGACUCCACGCCUACACCAUUUACUUUCGACCAUGCAAGAGGAGGUUGAAGGCUUCACGUUGCGCCUUGCUGCAGCCUUUACUAAACGAAAGGAUCAAUUAGUAGCCCUAAUCAACAACUACGACCUGAUGCUGAGUGUGAUGACCGAGCGCAACCGAGAAGAAAGUCGUGAAGCCGCUCGGUGUAAGGAAUUGCUGUCUGCUAGAAUUUCAGAAUUUGUCGAAGAAAUUCUUUUUUUCCAUUUUGAGGGACUCGUCCGAUUCGUCAAAGACUGCGAAGUCAUGCUUACUCGAGGGCUUAACGAAGCGUUGCGGAACGAAGAACGUCGGGCCACGCAAACCAUAAACGCUUUCAUGGCUGGAUGGAAGAAAUCUUUGGACGAGAUUAAUAAAGAAAUCUUAAAUCUGUUUCCGAAUUUCAAAAACGGAACCAACAUUCUACAAGCGACGUUGACUCAACUCGUCGAAUACUACCACCGUUUCCAAAAAAUCCUAACCCAACAUCCAUUCCGCAACGUUCCUGCUCGUGCUGAUUUGAUUAACAUUCAUCAAUUAAUGGUAGAAGUCAGAAGGUACAAGCCAGCUUUCUAAAUUUUAAAGAUUUGAAGCCUGAUUUGUUGAAUACAUGUAUUAAUAUUA